UUUCGAAACCUUACCCCACUAGGCAGCUUACCUGCCUGCCUUAACCUUAUAAGGCUCUUGGCUCCAAAUUUUUUUCUUCAUUUCACCACCUCGCUUUGCUACUUUUCUUUUCAGUUUCAACAUAUAACAUCUAGAGAUGGGGGAGAAGGUGACGAUAAUGGUGCUGAAGGUCGACCUUCAGUGUAGACGCUGCUACAAGAAGGUGAAGCAAGUACUUUGCAAAUUCCCUCAAAUACGAGACCAGAAAUACGACGAGAAGGCCAACACGGUGACAAUCAAGGUAGUUUGCUGCGAUCCAGAGAAGAUGAGGGGCAAGAUACGUUGCAAGGGUGGCGAUUCCAUCAAGAGCAUUGAGAUCAAACCACCUCCAAAGCCCAAGGACCCCGAGAAUUCUGAGAAGGAACCUGAAAAGAAAACAGAGAAGCCUACAGAGUCCGAGAAGAAGUCUGAAAAGCCCAAAGAAACACCACCAAAGUCACCGGCGAAACAGGCUUCUCCUCCGGAAGGCUUUUGUUGCACUGAUUGUUAUCAUGGUCAUCGUGGUGGCCCUUGCUACUUUGGUGGACCACCUCCGCCCCCAUACUAUUGGCCUUAUGGUAGGCCAGUUUAUGUUAACUGGGGCGGCUGCGGCGGAAGCACCUACUGUUAUUGUUUUGAAGAAAACCCACAAUGCUCAGUCAUGUAAGUUGUAGCAUGGCACAUGUGGGACGCUCAUAAUAAAGUUAUUCUACGUUUCUCCCUUGAA